UUCAAAACAAACAAAAUGGCGGCGCACAUGAGAUGGGGACUUCGCCAUUUGUUACGGGCAAGAAAUACGACUCACUUUAGGUUUCCAGACAAGACCAGAAGCUCAUACCACUCACAGUGCAUGACCCAGAGCUUUAGGAAAGAUCAGCCUCAGCUUGGGACAAGAACCACACGCUUCUCAAUAAGACACCUGUCCAUCCAGACUCAAGACACUCCAAACCCCAGCAGCUUGAAGUUUCUCCCUGGUAAACCUGUCCUAGGAAGUGGGACGCUUGACUUUCCCUCUCCGAGCUCAGCCGGAUGCUCAUCUUUAGCCAGGGACCUGUUUGAAAUCGAAGGAGUAAAAAGUGUGUUCUUUGGCCCUGACUUCAUCACAGUCACUAAAACAGACGAGGAUGUGGAAUGGACUGACAUUAAGCGUCAUGCUUUGGAGGCUAUUGCUAACUUCUUUGAGAGUGGUGACCCGAUAACAACCGGAGCAGUAUACAAUGAAAGCAGUCAUUCUGAAGAUGAUGAUGAUAUUGUAUCGAUGAUAAAGGAGCUUCUGGACACCAGAAUCAGGCCUACAGUGCAGGAGGACGGAGGCGAUGUCAUCUUUAAGGGGUUUGAGGAUGGCACAGUCAAACUGAAGCUGGUUGGUUCCUGCACAGGGUGUCCCAGCUCCACAGUUACCCUGAAAAACGGCAUUCAGAACAUGAUGCAGUUCUAUAUCCCUGAAGUUGACAAUGUGGAACAGGUGGAAGAUGAAGUGGAUGAAAUCAAUGCAAAGGUUUUCUCAGAGGUGGAACGCAAAUUAAAAGAAGAAUAAAAGAAUUAAAAGAAAAAGAAAAACUUCCUCGACCAACACACUCAAGGUUUUUAUUAGAUCCACUGUGUGAAAACACAGACAUGCAUUAUUUCCCUUACGCUUCUACUGUCAAAAUUACCUGCUAUUUUGUGUGUGUGUACUGUUAAGAGUUAACGCUGUAUAUGUACAUACGGAUGCCCCCUGUACUAUACGAAAAAUACUGUUGUUCUUCAAACCAGUCAAAAUGCUCUGUUGUGAUGACUGUUAAUGUGAUGUAUUUAUUUCUUAUAAAUAUUGUAUAUUUUGAAAGAAUAUUUCCAUAGUAUGGAAAUAUUGUGAAAGUUUUUGACACUGGUUAUGGUCAUACAUAAUGAAGAUUUGACAUGAUAUUCCAGUUGUUGCGGCCAUUUACCAAAUUAAACAGAACUGAACUGUUUUUGCUUAUUAAUGCAUCAUCUAUAAAUGACGUUAUUUAGGGUGCAAUUAGUGGACACCCUAUAAGAUAUGUAUGCUAUAUUUAUCUGAUUUGUGCUCCAUUCAGAUUUACUGUCACAUGAAACAAAGUUCACAGUUUGAAAGCAAA